GCCAAGUUAAGUCGCGCCCUAUCUUCACCAUUCUCAUUGUCUUUUUACGCCCCAUAACCUUAUACGUCCAUACACCAUGCCACCCCAUGAGCAUCAUUUCCAAAUGCCUCCUAACCAUAAUCCCCCGCCCAACUUUCCUCGACCUCCUUUCCAGCCCCAUGUAUUCCAGCCGGGACUGCCCCCAAAUGCAGUACCGCACCCCUUCGUCCUACAACAGUGGCCAUCUUUCGAAAAAUCCAUUCAUGAUGCUGUGUUUCGUGCGUUUGAGCAGUACGUUUCCGGCUCAGCCCGUUCGGUCUCCAAUUGCAAAGGUGGACUUCCAUAUCUGAAAGCUAAAGACGAAAUAAGAACCAGUCAUAUGCCAGAUAAGCCAGUUGGAAUAUCUAGAGAAGAAGCCGAAACCUUGUUCUCUACAUUUUGUGGCAAUGUCAAAGCCUUGCUACAAGAGCAGUCAUCAGGGCUCCUUAGGGCACUAGAUGAACACAAAAAGUCCUUGGAGGAAAGGACAACCAGGUCUGACAUUGCGGCGCAGGAUAUGGGAAGAGUGAUACACUCGACCGAAGCGUUGCGACAAGAGUUCCAGAGCUUGUCCGCCACACUCCAUUCUGAGAUCAAAGCUCCCAAGCAAGAGCAAACAUCAGAGAUGCUUACGGCACUCAGUGAAUACAAAAGGUUGACGGAGGCGACAAUGACUACCUGGAGCGUGACAGCGGAGAAGUUGGAGCGAAUGGUGCAGUCGAUUGAGAUGUCUACAGAAGAUUUCAAAAGCUUGUUUACACAAGACCGAGCGAAACAGUGUUCUGAGAUCGACACCCUGCUAGCAAAGCAGUUGUCUGAGUUCCAACCUCGGCCGGCACCCGACAUCAUGGACAAAACUUCACAACUAAUGGAGGAGGUUAAGGACCUUCUGUGUACGCUCCGAGGAGAACGGGAAUCGUUGCAAGGGGAUCUCGAGCCGACAAGUUCGCAACGCAUCAGCGACCAUACCAACGUUGGUAAACCAAGUCGUAUCACAAGAGCCCGUGCAAGGCGCCUAGCCGAGCAACAAGACCCACCGAGGCAACGCCUAACGGCAGAAGGGCGACGGACAAAAAUUCCAAGAACGAUCGGAAGGACCAGGAAAAAGUGA